UUUUAUUCUGGUGGAUAUAUGUGCGAUGUGACGCUCUCCGUCAAGUCCACACGCCCUCUAUUAUCUUAACUCAGCAUUAAAUCAAUGAUUGUACAUGAAGUCGGAGCGCGGCGGAGUGAGGAUAGCGCGUCGUUAAUGUUUAUGCCUUUUCUCUCUGGUUUCCAAAGUUAAUAGUAGUGGAAAGGGGGCUGGUGUGUCGGUGUAUGAGGGAGGGGGCUGUGUGGUCGUGGCAGAGCUUUGAAGAUCAGUCAUCAGAGCGCAGGGGCCCGGGGACGGAGACAGAGCAGCCAGUCAAAAUGCUCGUAUGUGGCGAGCGGAGCUGAAAAAUCUGCGCGCAACUGGAUAAAAAGAAAAAAGUGGGGUCCGGAUGGAGCUUUAAAAUAACAGGAAUAUUACAUGCUGGGUGUUUUCUCUUAAAUGGAUUACCAAAGGAAUAUGACAUUGAGUCGGAUUGCCCUAUUCAUGAGUGAAUUCGGACACACAAGGUAACAUCUCCACUAGAGUGAAACAGGAAGUGUCGUCUGUGAGCAGCCAUGGGCCAGAGAGCUGCGCUUCUGCUCAGUGAGCUGCUGCUGCUGCUGCUGACAGCCUCACGCACUCUCCUCGCAGUCAGCUUCCCUGAGGACACCGUACCCCUCGAUGUCGUUGACGCACACUAUUCACGGAGGUACCCUGUGUUCAGAGGCAGGCCCUCUGGCAACGAGUCACAGCAUCGCCUUGACUUUCAGCUGAUGACCAAGAUACAGGACACUCUGUUCAUUGCUGGCAGAGAUCAGGUGUACCUGGUCAGUCUGAGAGAAUCCUACAGGAAUGAGAUCAUUCCUUACCGGAAGCUAACAUGGCGAUCGGGCCAAUCUGACAGAGACAUGUGUGCCGUCAAGGGAAAACACAGGGACGAGUGCCACAAUUUCAUCAAAGUGCUUGUUCCCAGAAACGAUGACCUUGUGUUCAUCUGCGGUACCAAUGGCUUCAACCCCAUGUGCAGAUACUACAGGCUGGAUAACCUCGAGUUUGAUGGGGAGGAGAUCAAUGGACUGGCACGAUGCCCAUUUGACUCCAAGCAAACCAACGUUGCCCUUUUCGCUGAGGGGAAGCUGUAUUCGGCAACUGUAGCUGACUUCCAGGCCAGUGAUUCUGUCAUCUAUCGCAGUAUGGGUGAUGGAUCAGCCCUGAGGACCAUCAAAUAUGACUCCAAAUGGCUGAAAGAACCUCAUUUCCUGCACGCAGCAGAGUAUGGGAAUUAUGUGUACUUUUUCUACCGAGAGAUUGCGGUGGAGCACAGCAAUCUGGGCAAGGUUGUGUAUUCUCGUGUUGCCCGUAUCUGUAAGAAUGACAUUGGGGGUUCGCAGCGGGUGCUGGAGAAGCACUGGACAUCUUUUGUGAAGGCGAGGCUGAAUUGCUCAGUGCCAGGGGAGUCCUUCUUCUACUUCGAUGUGCUCCAGUCCAUCACUGACAUCAUCAACAUCAACGGAGUUCCCUCUGUGGUGGGUGUGUUCACCACACAGAUGAACAGCAUCCCAGGGUCAGCAGUGUGUGCCUUCUCCAUGGCGGACAUAGAGAAAGUUUUCUGGGGUCGGUUCAAAGAGCAGAAGACUCCUGACUCUGUGUGGACUCCAUUUCCUGAGGAGAAGCUGCCCAAACCUCGACCCGGGUGCUGUGCAGGUCAUGGUCCAGCUGCGUCCUUAAAGAGCUCCAUCGAGUUCCCGGACGAAACCCUGCAGUUCAUCAAGUCCCACCCCCUGAUGGACACAGCUGUGCCUUCUAUUGGGGAUGAGCCUUGGUUCACCAAGACUCGCGUCAGGUACAGACUGACAGCACUGGCUGUGGACAAUGAAGCAGGACCUCACAAGAACUACACAGUGGUGUUCAUCGGGGCCGAGUCGGGGGUUGUCCUCAAGGUUUUGGCCAAGACUUCCACCGUGUCUCUGAAUGACAGCCUGCUUCUAGAGGAGAUUGAUGUCUUCAACAGGGCCAAGUGUCUGUCUAACCGUGAGGACGACAAGCGUGUCCUCUCGCUGCACGUGGACAAAGACGCCCACAGCCUGUAUGUCGCCUUUUCAAGCUGCGUCAUCCGUAUUCCCCUGAGUCGCUGUGAAAGGCAUUCUUCCUGCCACAAGUCCUGCAUUGCAUCAAGGGACCCCUACUGUGGCUGGAAGCCUCACGGGGCCUGUGAGAGGAUACAGCCUGGCGUUUUGACUGGAUAUGAGCAGGAUGUUGAAUUUGGUAACACCGCCCACCUGGGGGACUGUCACGCGUUUUUGGGCACUACAUCAGCGCCAGAUUACAAAUCAUUUGGCGACCCUACCUCUGACAUGGAGUAUUCAUCAGCGCCAGUCACUGUCCACCCCAGUGGGCCCAAACACCCCCCAGUACUCAUACCCACUCAGAGCCCCAGCUCUGGGCCUGGUCCAGAGCUCUACGGCUCAGGCUUUGUGCUGCAGGAUGACCCAGCCACCUCCCAUUCUUUAGACUCUAUCCCAGGGGGCCAAGAGGGUGUAUGGGAUAUCCAAGCAGGUGAGACCAACCAGAUGGUCCACAUGAACAUCCUCAUCACCUGCGUGUUUGCUGCUUUUCUCAUGGGUGCUCUCCUGGCUGGUCUGAUUGUUUUCUGCUAUCGAGACUCAUUCCUCCGUAAGCCGAGGCAUGUCCACAAGGAUGCAGAGUCGGCACCGUCCUGCUCCGACUCCACUGGAAGCUUUGUCAAGCUCAACGGCCUCUUUGACAGCCCUGUAAAGGAGUACCAGACCAACAUUGAUACACCCAAGCUGUACACCAAUCUACUGAGCAACAGCAAAGACCUGAAUUCACCUAACGGAGACACCAAGACCAUGAUCCUGCGGGAUGGCUGUCAGCCCCCAGAGCUGGCUGCCCUGCCUACACCUGAGUCCACCCCUGUGCUUCAGCAGAAAAGCCUGCAGCCCAUCAAAAACCAGUGGGAGAGGGCUCACGGGAAGGCCAGCGGGCCUCGCAAGGAGUCCAACUCAUCAGCCAAGAGUCCUCAGUUCCUUCCAUCUUCCCCUGCUCCUCCUAACCCCAACCACCCUCACCUUGCCUUGGGACACUCCCACAUCCCCAGUGCAGUUGUCCUGCCCAAUGCCACACAUGACCACCCUAACCUUGACAAUGGAGAUGAUACACUACCACAUUCGUCUGACAGGAAACUGAAGAACCCAGAUUCUAAGGGAAGUAGGAAAGACCAGAAAAGGUCUGUGGAUGCCAGAAAUACCCUAAAUGACCUUUUAAAACACCUAAAUGACUCAGUGGCGAACCCUAAGGCCAUUCUUCAAGAAGGAUCAGGGCCUCGCCCAAGGCAGCAGCUCACACUGGAGCCCAUGGAGGAACUGACUGAAUUACCCCCCAAGGUGCCCAGCCGUGAGGCUUCUCUGUACUCUCCCUCCACCUCCCUGCCAAGGCACAGCCCCACCAAGAGGGUUGAUGUGCCCAUGCCCACUACUCCCACAACACCAACGGGGAGCAUGGGGGGCACCCUGGAGAGGCAAAGAGGGGCAUAUCAACUCCACCGGAGUGCCUCUCACAGGCACUCCUUAUCCACCUCACCAAAUGGGGUAACCAUGGGGGUGUCUGUGUCUCGCCAGCACAGUAUGAACAGAGGGGGUUACAUGCCCCCAACACCCCCCUCCAGACUUGACUCCCAAGGCGGAGUGAUGGGGGCAGGAAUGCACUCAGCCCACCCAUCCUCUGUAUCCCGACAGAGCAGCUACAGUGGAUAUGGCUCACUCCCUCGCACAGGGCUUAAACGGACCCCAUCGCUAAAGCCAGAUGUGCCCCCAAAACCCAAUGGGUUUUCACCACAGACUCCACAGAUGCGAGUGGUUAAUAAGUACAGUUAUUAAAAGAGCAUGGACACUUUGGAGUGAGCUCUUGGCCUUGACUGUAGAGCUUUGAGCCCUGAGGGCUUUGGGGGGCUAUGGAUGGGGUCGGGCCUAGUGUGUGUUUGUGUAUCAACUUGAGGUGUGUUCCCCCUUUAAACAAUAUGCACAUUCACUCACACUAAAAAAGGGAAAAUCACACAUGUGGCCAAAGAUACUCCUUGGGGCUUUUUUGCUCCCUACGUCUCCAUCUCCCUCCCUUGUCACGGUAGCCACAGGAUAUGAACAGUGGACAGUGGUGAAUCUGCUGCUCCCCAUUGUAUCUGGGCUUGGGUGUCGCCCAUUCCCUUAUUAGGUACGAGGUUUAGGACACCAGCCGGGGCUGCUACGGCGUCUGUGCUUGUGGUGCCAGAUUAAAAACAGUGGAAUACUUGAAGAAUGGGUCUCAUUUGUCACUGCCCUUGAGCACUGUUUUCCCACUAAUGUGAACUGAACAAAGAGGAGAGGUAGGCCAUGCCUUUGUUAAUGAGAUGGCUGGGGGCAGAGGAGAGAAAACUCAAAAUCAUAAGUGUGCGUGUUGCUUAAGAUACAUAUGACUGCUGACGUCUGAAUCAAGCAGCAAGCAAACAGAGAAAAAGAGUGCAAAUGUGUGCGUGUGUGUUGGUUGAUAGGAAAGCAGAUUUGUGUAAAGGCAGUACACGUUAAGCCUUCACACUUGUUUAUCAAGAGUGGUGCUACAUGUCAGAGGAUGCACCUUAAGACCUGUCUAAGACCUAAGUCACCGUCUCUCAUUUCAAUAUUAUCGCUUGUUUGAACCCAUCUGAACCAUGUCAAAACCAUAUUUUUUGUCACUCUGUAGUGUUUUUGAUUACUAGGUUAGGCUGAGGUGUGGUUGGUCAUGCUGGGUGUAUACUGGGACAUGAACUCUGUAACUCACUGGGAAAUUUUACUUACAUUUGCUGCUAUUGGUUUUAGACAUAGGCGUUUGUCUUUGAUGCAUUUAUUUCUCAACCAGACUGGGAUAGCCCUUCAUAUGGGUGUGCACAUCUGCUUGUGUGUGUGUGUGUUUGUGUUAUGGUGCAGACAGAGGCCAAGAAGUACAAGUUAAAGCAACCAAACGCACUGUUAAAUGGGGAAAAAUGCUUCUCUCCAGGACUGAAUCUCCCCUAACCUCCACUGCCCCUUUGUAGGAAUUAUACUGGUGGUUCAAGAGACUUCUUUCUUUAUGUAGCAAUGGUAUUAAGAAAAAACAUACAUUUCUCAUCUCAUUCUAUAAAUGAAUUUUGAACAAAAAUGAUUUGCCUUUAUGAUGUUUUACUGUGUUAUUUAAAGAAUUUACCAUAUGAAACUAAAGCAACACCAAUGGUUUAGCCCAUGUAUAUGAAUUCAACAUUUCAGGGCACUUCUGUUCCGUUAAACUUGUGUGUCCCCUAAUAAAGCAAACACUAGACUUUUCCUUCUACAUUAAUCCUAUUAAAAGGUAUAUUAAAACUGACCCUAGAACAAUACAUGGAUGUAACACCUCUGUCAUCUGCCGUGUUGGUUCUGCAGCCCGUGUUCCCUGUGCAGCUUCCCCUGCGAGUGGCCAGUGUACAAUCAACACAACAAUUUACAAAUGUGUCCAAAUGAGUCAUGCUGGGAAUGACAAGAUCCUGUAUAUACUUAAAUACUAUAAAUAAGGAGUAUAAAUAUUUUUAGGCAAGUGAACCUGAAUCUGUGCAUUGUGUGCCUUAUUCACAAAAUGAAAUAUAUUGGCUAUGUCAAUUGGUCCUCUGUAUGUUAUUGUCAUAUACUAUAUAAACAUUUUUUUUAUACAAGCAAUUUGAAAAUCAGCAGGAUGUGUUGGAAAAUCACUACCUAAUCCAAACUGAGGUGAAAGAAAUUGACUGACAGACACUGACAGACAUUCUAGUCAUACAAAAAGGACAGUAGGAAAAAAAACAUUUAUUUGGAGUUUGAAUCAAUUUUUCUGCUUUACUGCCGGUGUUGAAAAGAAUGGUGUUAAUCCACCACAUAGAGGUGCCAUGCAGUGAAUGUAUUUUCUUGACAGUGGGAUGUAGGGUGGUUAGACCUUGCACUGUGGAGCAGUCGGCUCAACGCAGCACAUCCUGCCCACAGCCAAUGUAUUAACACAGUGUUCACAUGAAAGCCGUCUGUUGGCAUGGGCAGUGGUCACACACAGUCCAUAAUUCCCCAGGAUUGCAGUGGCAGGAGUUGUUUCUAUUGGCCAGCGGUGAUGUCUGAGGGAUCAUUUCUCUUGGGUACAUUAUUUGGGUGACAUCUGCAAUCCUAUCCAAGUGUCAGUUGCCUGUUUAGCCCAAAGCCACAUUUUGUUUACAAGUGAUGAUUGUAUGUAAAGACUUUCUGCCUGUCAUCUAACCAGUGUUUGGGCUCUCUUUUCUACUCGACACAUGCACACUGACAUCGCAGACAUACACUCAACAUACACUGCUCAACUGCCUUGUACAUUGCAAUAUGAACUGGGUCUUUCUGUUGCAAUCUAGAUUGAAGCCUUUAUAUUUCAGUCUGAGCUCCGUGUAUGUGCAGAUGAACCAGAUUUUGUCAUGUAAUUUUGAUUUAAAUACUGUGCGACAUGGUGAUGCCAGGCCAGCUGUAUAUAUGAUCUCCAGAGUAUUUGAGCGUGUAGAUAUGUUGUAAAGUUGUACUGUGAAUGUGUAAAUAAUAAUGAUGGUCUUUGUUUCAUGAUAUUUUUUGUUGAUUUUUUUAACACGGCAUGUAUAGUUGAAAUAAAACAUUAUGGCACAGAAA